ACAAAGUAGUCCGAGCUUCAGAUUAUAUUCUCCUUUCUUAAAGAUAGGACGUAUUUCGGACGAAAAAAUGGAGGUUUCGGGACAAUAAAUCAGAUUUAUACAUUUUAAUGGACCUAAGGGCGCCCAGAGUUUCUAAACUCUCCCAGGUUCGUUCUCAGGUAUCUUGGUGCAUCAGUGGGGUGUUGAGGGAUGGAUCGUCUUUUUAUGAGUGGUUUGGAUGCUAGACAGGCUAUGCAUAUGAUUAGCUCCUACCUUGACAAAGAAUGUAGAUUCUGGAAACCUAUGGUCAUUAAAUCUUCACCAGAUCAGGGUAUUAAUGAAAUGCAGCGUGAUGAAGCAGCUGUGUGGAUAGCAAAACUUUCAGCAGAGUUUACUUUCUUACCUGAAACUUGUGGGCUAGCCAUUCUUUUGAUGGAUAGAGUGCUACAAUUAGUUAAGGUACGAGCUAAGUAUUUGCAGUGCGUUGCUGUAACCUGUCUUCACAUAGCAGCCAAAACACUUGAAGAAGAUGAGAAUAUUCCCCCAACUCCGUAUCUUGUGAGGAAAAGCUGUUGUGGAUGCUCAUUUGCAGAGAUUACCAGAAUGGAAAUGGUUAUCCUCAACAAACUCAACUGGAAUGUUCUUAUGCCAUCAUCAGUUGAUUUUCUUCACAUGAUUCAUGUAGUGCUUUUAAUGCACUACCCCCACUUAUUGACCAACCAGAGUAACAUGGGCCCCUCAGAGCACUUGUCCAUUGUUAUGCGCAAGAUGAUAAGAUGCUUAACUUGCCACUCAUUGAAUAGCUUCAGACCCUCAUCCAUCGCUCUUGCUCUAAUAAGCUUAGAACUAGAGCAGUUAACACCCGGAUGGCUUCGACUUGUUCUGACAUUGCAACGAGUUACCAAUGUUGGAAGUGAGCAACUUAUGCAGUGUCGGGAAGCUAUUGCUGAUUUCCUUGGUCAACAGAUCCACACGGGAUACCACUAUCAGUCCCGCAAGUCUUCAUCUUCUGCUCCUCAAUCCAAGAAACGUAAGGUGGAGCAUUCGACACCAGACAGUGAAGAUGAAAAUAUGUAUGAUGGGAUCAAGCGAUUGUACAAUGAGGAUCUUAUGACCAAUGCUGGCACUUUCCAGUUUGACAAAGCUGCUCUGCGGACGUCAUGUGGCUUUGAGAUGCACCAAGAUUUCGAUGAGACCACCAUGGGAAAAACACUUUUAGUAAAUUAAUAACAAGAAAAAUUCAAUUAUCAUUAGUUGGAUAAUACCUGAGGGAAAAAAAACUUUCUUAACAUUGGUUUUAUUGGUAAUUGAAUUUUUCUGUUCUUUUUUUUUUUUUUUUACCUGAUGGAAAUUUUUUUCUUUGUUUAACAAAAGAAACGCAAGAACUUGUUAAACAAAAAAAAAGAUUCUUACAAAAACUAAAUUGUUCUUUGAAAAAAAAAAAAAGAGGCACAUUGUUUUAAGUUAUUGAAUGUUGCUAUUUAAUUUACAUUAUUAUUGUCAUAUUCACUUUUUCAGUUAAAAAAAAAACAAAAAAAAACUUCUACUCCAAAAAAAGGUUUAAAAACUGAAAUGAAAAAAAAAAUUAAAAUAUAAAUUUUACAAAAAAAAAAAGUUAUAUUCAUUAUCUAAUUUUUUAAUUUUUUUUCUUUUUGCCUGUUUCAGACAUCUGAAAAAAUUUCUUUUUUCAUGUCCAUCGUCUUUUUGUUGUUUUCUAAACAAAAAUUCUAAAUGAAGAGAAACAAUAUAAAUUACAUGUGAACAUUAGCCCAUAAUUUGUUCAUUCUAUCAACUUAAAAUAUUAAGGGCAGCAUAGUCAAAUUUGAAAUUGCAUUUGUUUCUCUCAGUUUUCAACUAAAAAGCCUGUGAUUAAUAUUUUUAUUUUUUGUUUUGCAUACUCAGUCUAUAUGCAAAUCAAUAAAGCAGAUAUAGCCUUAGUGAAAAGAAUAACAUCAUAUGGGGAAAAAGAAAUAAUUUGUGUGACUGAAAUACAUGGUAUUUGUUCAAAUCUCAGAAAUCAUUUUGACCAUUUUUUUUUUACUUGGUGUCCUGUUUGUACUCAAAUAAGUUUACAAUAGAUGCUCUUUUUGUAAGACAACGUAAAACCAUAAUGCCAAGUUGAGUCUAACCAUUCAAACGAUAAAAAUAUCUCUAUAAUUAGUCAUUCACAAAAUUUGUCUGUUACAAUAGGAAAGUUCCUUGCAGCACAUAAAAUGCUCUUGAAACUGUCAUGAGAGUAUGUACAAUAUUUUUUUUAACAAACUUUAGCUGUUAUUUUGUAAAUGAUUAGUUCUCUUGGAUGCCAGACAUGAACAUUCCAUUCAGUGAACACCAUUAUGGCAACAAGUUUUCCAUUAGGUGUAUCUAUUCCUUAGUUCUAGAUGCUUUGCAGUGCUUACAAACUUGGAAGUUUCCAUAAUGCAUCUAUUGCUUUUUAACUGUUAAACUUUGAAAGAUGUAUUCCCACACUUGUAAUUGAUCUGCUAUAUUUGCCUUGAAUGUGUACAGAGAGAUGGAGACACCAAGUAGUAUUUUACUAUGUGCAAUUAAUAAGAAGACAAAAAACUAAAGAUUUUUCUCAGACUCCUUCCAGGUUGAAAGAAAUCCAUUAGGUCUUCUUUUUGAUUGCUAGGAUAUAAUAUUUAUAGUUCUUUUUUUUUUUUUUUUAAACUGGGGGGAAAGUAUUUCUGUAUAAAUGUACAGAAGGACUCUCUUUGUUACUGUUCACUUUGUACAUGUAUCCAUUAACCUUCAUGCAAUAUUUCAUCACAAUAAUCAUUAACCAUAGUCCAUUACCAGACACUUGUAUUAACCCACGUAAGGCUGUGUUUAUUGUAUGUGUUUCUAGACAUUUAUCUAAGAACAAAUCAUUGUGACUGCCACAUUACAUCAUAACAUAAAAAUAUUUUAAAAAAAAACAAAACACAUUCAUUGUCAUAACUUUUUUUCCUAGUGCCAUUUUAUUUUAAGGUUAAAUCUUUUCAUCAACCAACUCAUUUUAUUUGUGAAGAGACUUUUGACAGCAGAUAGCAGACCUGGAGAAAUGAUGAACUUAGACUAGUAGUUACUUGACCAGUCUUCCUGUCUGUGCUUGUUUACAGAGUAAGAACAAAAGGAAUGUUAAUAUGAAGCUGAGAAAUUAGGCUUCAAAUUUAAUGCUAGGGCAUGCAUCUUGAAAGUUAAUUUAUUGUCCAAAAACAACAACAUUAAAAAUGUAUUGAAAUGUGAUAAUUUGUAUUUCUUAACUAUUUCCAUUGGAGUUGAACAUCCUAACCUCUAAUGACACAAUUGGAGAUUAAAUUUGGAAAAUCA